AACAUACUUUCAAGCGUCUACAUGAUAAACAUGGUGGCGGGAAUAAUAAAACGGAUGGAAAAAUAAACCAAGCCACUCAUUUAGACAUGUAAUAUGUAAGGUUGAUUGGACAUAGCUGUUAAAAUGAGUGAGUUUAAAAUUCACCACCAUGUAAGCGAGCUUAUAAACCUUCUAGGAAAUAAAUCAGCAGAUGCAGGGGCCGAGGUUUAUACUGAUAUUCUGCUGAAAAACACCACACCAUAUAUCACUACACAGGUAUCAGCACAUCAAGCUAAGCGGAAGAUAGCAGAAUCAACCAAAACACCUAUUGAAUUCCUGGCGAAAUAUGAUGAGCUCAAAUCCAAGAACAACAGGGAGCUGGACCCGUUUGUUUUCCUCCUCUCCAAACUGUGUGAGGAAGAAGAGACAAAGGAUUAUCUGGCCAGAAAUGCUAAGGACCGGGCUGAUAGGUCAGGAGUGUCCUUGACCUCACACAGCAAGGUCAUCUCUCAGCUUCCCGCCCCGGGGACCAAAAUCACCAUGCAGGAUUUCACUGAGCUGAAAGACACAUUAUUUAAAGAAUCCAAAGCAAUGGCUGCCACCACUGCAUCAGAAAUUUUACGCAAAGCUCUGCAGGAGAAACCUACCAAACGGAACGUAAAUAUUCCCCCACAGCCAGACUGGUUGUUCAAAAGGCCAUCCCUGACCCUGGACUUCAUUGUCGGGGUAGAUGAACCAUCAGACCAGAACAUUGUCCCUCUAGGAAGUAUGUCUGUCUCUGCCCAGGAGCACGCCAUCUUGGAUGACAUGUUGAAUUGUAUGCAGGGUAUUGAGGGUAAAUACAUCCUGGCCCGAGCCCUGACAGAGCGCUACGCCCCUAAAGAGUUUAUGCUGGACCAGAGUCUGGAUCCCUCCCUACAGGACCUGGUGCGGCGGAUCCUCCCCCUCUGUUGUAACUACUCCACAGUUGUCCGAUUUAUUGAAGAGAAAUCAGCAUUUGAGUAUGGACUAGUGAACCAGGCUCUAAGUGCUGCAAUGAGAACUCUGAUAAAAGAUUACAUGGUGUUGGUGGCUCAGCUGGAACACCAGUACAGACUAGGAAAUCUGAGUCUCCAGAAAAUGUGGUUUUACAUACAGCCCACCUUGAAAACUUUAGACAUUCUGGCAUCAGUGUCCAAUUCUGUAAACAAGGGGGAAUGUAUUGGAGGAUCUGUUCUCAGUCUACUUCAUGAUAAAACAAGUGGAUUAGUGGGGGAUUCCAAAGGUCAAGAUCUUUGUCUGUAUCUCACUCAGGCGGCUUGUGUUCCUUAUUUUGAAAUCUUGGAGAAGUGGAUAUAUAAAGGAAUCAUAUCUGAUCCUUACUCCGAGUUCCUGGUGGAGGAGAAUGAAACAAUCAACAAAGAGAAGCUACAGGAGGAAUACAAUGACGCGUACUGGGAGGGGCACUACACCAUCUGUCGCGAACGCAUCCCCGUGUUUCUGGAGCAGGUGGCCAAUAAGGUCCUCAACACUGGGAAAUAUCUCAACGUUGUGAGACUCUGUGGUCGAGAUGUGCAGUGCCCAUGUGCUGAGGAGAUAGUGUAUACAGUCAAGGAACGAAAGUACUAUGAACAGAUAGAGAAGGCCUACGAGUACUCCAGUAAACUCCUGCUGGAGCUACUGGUGGAGGAGAAGGAACUCAUGGCAAGAAUCAGGUCCAUCAAGCACUACUUCCUCUUAGACAAGGGAGACUUCAUUGUUCAGUUUAUGGAUAUGACGGAGGAUGAGAUGAGACAGGAUAUGGAGAAUAUAACCCCCACACGACUAGAGACCUUACUGGAGUUGGCCCUGAGAACCAGUACAGCUAACACUGACCAGUUUAAGGAUGAUCUAAGAGUGGAUCUACUGCCCUUUGAUUUAAUUACACAACUAUUUAAAAUCCUCUCUAUAGAGACUAAGAAGGAGAAAGAGUACAAGGUGGAUCCCACUGACCUUCACCUCUCGGGACUCGAGUCUUUUUCCUUUGACUAUAUGGUUAAGUGGCCGGUCUCCUUGGUCCUUAACAGAAAGGCCUUAAUCAGAUACCAGAUGCUAUUCAGACAUCUGUUUUACUGCAAGCAUGUGGAGAGACAGCUGUGUAGUGUGUGGAUCGGUAACAAGGCCGCCAAAAUGUACUCCCUCCACUCGUCCAAGUGGUACCUGGCCGCCUUCGCCCUGAGGCAGCGGAUGCUGAACUUUGUCCAGAACUUUGAAUACUACAUGAUGUUUGAAGUGGUGGAACAGAAUUGGCUCAUGUUUCAGACCAACAUGGAAAAUGUUUCCAACAUUGACGACGUGCUUACCUACCACUCAGACUUCCUGAACACCUGUAUGAAUGACUGCAUGCUGACCGACCCAGACUUGCUCAGAAUCGUCCACAAGUUAAUGGUAGUCUGUGUCACCUUCUCCAACUUCAUACAGAGAUUGAGUCUUACUACUGCUGUGGAAUCUGAGAACGUUCCGACGCGGGAGAGCUCUCUACAGGCCACCAGCAAGGAGCACCGGGAACAAGCCAUGAAGGAGAAACUGAAGACCAAGAUGUUUGUGUCUCACAAGAGGAAUGUGGUGGCAGAGCAUGUGGACUUGAUGCUGGGCAGUGAGAAUUUCGAGAGAACAAUCGCCAACUUUGACAAUAACUUCUCGGGGAAGCUGAUAGAGCUGCUCAAGAAGAUCAUGGACCUCAGCUCGGAGAGUGGACAGUUUAAAUUGCUUAACAUUCUGUACAGGUUGGAUUUUAAUGGUUUUUACAAAGAAAAGUUAGAAGCAAUGUCUGCAGAAAGAGCAAUGAUGGAAUCUUCAAUGCACAGCACAGACUCAGGUUCGACUGGAUCAUGGCCCACUUCAUCGUUUACGUCCCAGCGUCCAGAGUCUGCCCAGUAUGUUCCCAGCAUUCACCGCCAAAGACCCUCAUCAAACUCCUCCAGUUAACACGUCACAUUAUAACCAGAAAAUAACUGGAUAACCACCAUUAUCAGUUAAUCCGUGAGGACUUGUAUUACUAGUGUGAUGUACAUGCUAUGGGAAGAACAAUACAUGUUUUAUGUUAAGGAUGGAAAGAACAUAGUCAUUAUUUCUGUCUUAAUUUAUUUAGCAAUCUAAAUAUAAUACAUGUUCCGUACCAUCAAAAAGUUUUAAUGUCUUAAUGUUUUGAUGAUGAAAUUCAAAUGGCUAUAGUUUAUACCAUGGAUUACCAUAAUGAUGUUAGAUUUAUAUUUACAUAUACAUGUAUGCUUAAAUAACUGAAUUAAAAAAAAGUUAAUAUUCAA